AGAUGUUAAAUUCUCCUCCCACUUCCGGUCGGUGCUGAUGUGAGUGAAGUGAAGGAUGCAGGAGAGAGAGGGAGAGGUGGUGCAGCGCACUGUGUUCGUGUUCAAUCUGAGCAGCAGUGUGAGGGAGGAGAUUCUGUAUGAGCUCUUCCUCCAGGCAGGACCGGUGCAGAAAGUCGUUAUUCCCAAAGAUCGAGACGGAAAUCAGAAAUCCUACGGCUUUGUUCACUACAAGCACGCCGAGGCGGUUCCCUACGCCAUGGCGCUGUUGGACGGGAUCUGGCUGUACGGCUGUCCCAUCACACUCAGGCCUCAUUACGCACAAACACUGACAGCUCAGGACGAUUACAGCUGGAGAGAUGCGGUGUCUGGUUUAGCCCUUGGUCCCUUCUUCCCGAUUGUGAGCCCUACUGAGGGUCCCUACUUCCCUCCUAUAAUGACAUGGGCAUGGCCAAACAGAUGUGUUUCAUGGCUGUCGUGUUCAGAAGGCCUGACCCGGGCCUCAGACUGCAGCAACGCGGACGAGACGGGCGCAGAGCGAAACACAGACACAGAGAAUCAUCAUAAAGGCAGAAGAAGCCGCGAGAGGAGAAACAAGCAGAAGAAAAAAUACAGAAGUUAAUAAGAAGGUUUAUGUUACUGCGUUUAAAACUCUUGUCUGUUAGGAUAAUCACUCUGUUAACCAUGGUCAAAGUGUGUGUGUGUGAGUGUGUUUCUCUGUGUUUCAAGAUUAUCAGGACAAUUAGUUUAUAAGAGUAAUAAUAAUAAUAAUAAUAAUAAUAAUAAAGAUUAGAGGAACAGACUCCUGGCUUUGGUUUAGUAAAAAGAGUUCACACUCAUCCUUCAUGUUAAUCCUGGACUAAAAAUAUUACCAGAGACGUUUGUGCUAUAUUGUGUAUUUUUGCACAUUCCUUAUUUACAGUUUGAUCGAUUUGUUAUUGGCCUUAUCAUUUACUGUUUAUUUAAUGUAUUAGUUUCAUUUUUAUUU